CGUUUAAGAUUAGACGUUAGUAAUAAUCGAAGUAUUAAAAGUAUUUACGUAAUGAUAGGGAAGUUUUCGAAAUGGCAAAACGCUAAGACGUCUAAAGAAUUGUAUAGUAUAUAUAUUAAGUAGUUCUUACUAUCGAGUGCCUAUACGGUGUAAGUACGGUGCAGUACAACGGUCAACAACAAUCAUAAUAUGUUUACACCAAAAUAGUAAUUGCGCGUUAAACGAAACAUGCAUUUCUCUAGUAUACCAAAAACGAGACGUGCGCCUCCAACAAACGGGUACUCCAAGUUUGUUGUGUACCGGCCCCUAAUAAGUGUUCUAUAAGUGAGUGGAUUUAAGGUUUUGUUUUCUUUAAUAUUAAAAAAAAUCAGCGUCUGCGCUUUGAUCUACAUAUAAAACCUCUGUGUGACAACAACAUUGUUCGAGAAUCACGACUGUACCUACACAUUAUCUUAUCUAUAUGUACUCCUUGUGAUAAACAAUACUUGACUCUGUGUACUAUUGUGUAAAUGCAUGGAUAGAAAGAUAUUAUUAUUUUAACAUACUGACGUGCACGCCCGUUCUUUGUCGCGACUCAGUAUGAAAACCGUAUCGCACAUGACGUCUAGGAGGACUCGACGGUCUAUAGUUUGUAGAUUUCAGAAAAGAACUUUGUCGGCUUGCCAUUGUACUACACGAUAUCAACAGUUGGCGAUUGAUCAUUGGCAUUGAUCACGGCUCCACGAUGACACUACAGUCGCAGUCAACCACUGGUAUCCGUAAGGUGGUACUCUUGCUGCUUGCCGCCGUUUCCACGGUCUCGGCUCUGUAUAGGGUCAAGUGUUUUGAUCACAAUAAGGGCGAGGACGAAACGGGCAUUAUACUGGAUUGUGCAGACAUGGCCGGUAAAAGUCAUCCAUACCCCAUCGAAUCCUGGAUCGGGUACCACGCGUACUUUGACGACGGCAUCAAAGCCAACCAGGUCGUACAAAUCGACUUAAGCAACAACGAUUUCCAACGAAUCUUCAAAAUGCCACCCAUGACGUCGCUGCAAAAGCUUUCGUUCAAGUACAACAACUUAACGUCGAUCGAACGCCUGGCGUUCUGUGGUCUGCCGGCACUCGAAGAAUUAGAUAUCAGUUACAACACACUGCCCAGUGACGAACUACGGCCAGCAAUAAUAUGCCAUCCAAAAAGUUCUAACGGCCAAGAAAUAAAACCGGUGCGGCUUAAAACUUUAAGACUAGGCCAUAACAACAUUCAUACACUGAGACCGGAUUUUUUUGAACAUUUAACCCAAUUAGAAGUACUCGAGUUAAACAACAACCCGUUCAAAGUAAUUGACCAAAACACAGAAUUUGCAAUAAGCAAUUUAUGCAAUCUUCAGGUCUUGGAUUUAGCCAAUACAGGUAUCGCUGGUUUUCCGUCAGAAUCAUUCUCCCAUUCGAACGUCAAUACACUGUAUUUGAACGGAAACAACUUUCAAAGCGUGCCAAAUGAAAUUAGAGCCAUGCCUUUGGCCUAUCUGAAUUUGAACGCAAAUCCAAUUAGUAACUUAAACGCCGAGUCGUUCGUCGGUUUCCAAAAACUACAGCAGCUCAUCAUAAGUGGCAUGCCAAAACUGUCACAAAUCGACAGUGGAACUUUCGCACCUCUGCCCAGACUCAUAACUUUACACAUGUCUCACAACCCUAAUCUUGUUUAUAUACACUACGAUGCGUUUAGGAAUCAAUCGAUACAACAGUGGUGGUCAUUGAGACAACUUUUCUUGAACAACAACAAACUUGGCAAUAUAGACUCAAAAUUAUAUCCGUGGGGAAAAUUGGACAUUUUUGACGCCAAGAGUAAUCCGUGGACAUGCGACUGCAGACUCUCUUGGAUGGCAAAUUAUGUUAAUGAAACAUUUAAAGAAAUUCCGGAAACGCUCCUUUACUAUCGAUGUCACGAACCUCAGGAACUGGACGGCAUAUUAGUGUCUCAGUUGAACGAGCAUAUCGAAUGUGACGAAUUGUUCCAAGCGCCUGCCGACCACAGUCACGGGCAUGUAACGCGACUGAGACAUUUUAUCAUCGUCAUAGGUCUGGUGAUCGGCAUAUUCGUGUUUGGCACGUUGAUUAAUAUGGGUUGUCGGAAACUAAAAAAGGUGUUGGAGCCCAGAAUUAGUGUACCAGCCAGAUUCAGCUCGGGCGUCAAAUACCGACCGGCAGACUUUGAGGAAAUCUCAGACACUCCCGAAGAACUAUCGACCAGAAAAACGUCCACAAUGAUCCACGGACGUCCGCCUAUAGUGAUAAAUCAAUCAGAAUAAAAUAUUGAUUGCGUUAAUUGUAUUAUACACUAGAAAUUAGUUACCUAUAUGUAAUUUAUUGACUUGAAAUACGACUGAAAACAAUACUAGUACGCAGUAAUUAUUGUUAUAAUUUAUUUACCACGAUAUUGUUAAUUUUAGGAUUAUUUUUUUUUAACAAUAAAUUGUUAACAGUUUUUAACAAAA